CAAUAAUACGCGACGUACCACAACGCGGAAGCAUCAGCAGCAUUGACCUGAUGGGCACCUGUUUUGUGGUUAGUCGUAAUUAAAAACUACGUUUUCGCGCCUGUACCAUAUAAUGCUGACAUCUAUUACAGAAGAGAGGAAGAUGCUCACUUGACCUGAGAGAGACAUCAUGUUCCAAGCCAAGCUGACCAGCCAGUUAACUUUGACAGCCCUGAAGAGGAUUCAACAUGGGAGCUGUUGUUAUCCUUGCCUCACCAAACUUUCAAAUGACUUCCACCGAAAGGAAGGAAUGAGGACUAAUGAUGGUCUCCACUCAAAAUCCAUUGUAUUGACAAGAGUGCUUUACAGCCAGAGAGCAAUCCGGCCAUCAAGACUGCUAGAAACACAACACAAUGGGAGAUCGUUCAGUGUAUCAGCUGCUAGUAUUGUGAAUUCAGCACCAGCUCAUGUGCAACCAUACCUCAGACUGAUGAGGCUGGAUAAACCUAUUGGAACAUGGCUGCUGUACCUCCCGUGUACAUGGAGCAUCGCUCUGGCUGCCGAACCGGGCCAGCUACCACAUCUGGGCAUGCUCACUCUGUUUGGUGUAGGUAGUCUGGUGAUGAGAGGAGCUGGCUGCACCAUCAACGACAUGUGGGAUAAAGACUUUGACAAAAAGGUGUCCAGGACAGCCACUCGACCGAUUGCAUCAGGAGAGAUUUCUCAAAUGCAGGCACUGGUCUUCCUGGGAGGGCAGCUUUCUCUUGGACUCGGGGUUCUUUUGUGUCUCAACUAUUACAGCAUAGCUCUGGGUGCUUCUUCAUUAUUACUUGUUGUCACCUACCCGCUGAUGAAGAGGAUCACUUACUGGCCACAGCUUAUGUUAGGGCUCGUUUUCAACUGGGGCGCUCUGCUGGGCUGGUCUGCUGUUAAAGGCUCUUGUGAUUGGUCCAUUUGUCUCCCGCUGUAUCUCUCAGGAGUGAUGUGGACACUGAUGUAUGACACAAUAUAUGCACAUCAGGAUAAAGAAGAUGACAUCAAAGUAGGAGUCAAAUCCACCGCACUGAAGUUUCAGGAGCAAACCAAACCUUGGCUGUGUGGCUUCUCAGUGGCCAUGAUGUCAGGACUGGUUGUAGCAGGCAUCAGUGCUAACCAGACUCUCCCUUACUAUGCUGUACUGACCACUGUGGGCAUUCACCUCGCAUACCAGAUUUACACUUUGGACAUCAACAAACCAGAAGACUGCUGGAAGAAAUUUGUCUCCAACAGAAAUCUUGGACUGUUGUUAUUUUUAGGCAUUGUUACUGGCAAUUUGUGGAAAUAAUGAAGAGAGACUCAGAUAAGUGAGUUAAUCAGUGCACAGCGUGUUUUAUUACGUGAUGUGUGAUUUUUAACAGAACACAGUUUUGUAAUGUGUUACAUGACUGUUCUCAUAAAACAGCACUUACAGUUGCUGAUUUUAAAAAAAAUGACAUAACUGCAUUUUCAGAUUUCUUUUUAAAUUAUUCUAUAAUGAUUAUAUGAUUAAGGUCUGCAUUUUAAAAGGAAUUCAACUUGAAUAGUAGAUGAACCUGCAACGUGCUGUUGUUAUUGGUACACUUCAGACCUGCAGUGUGGCAUUUCUGACCACCAGGGGGCGGUAUGAAUGUAUUGUACACUCCAGGCUUGGCUGCUCGUACACUGAUCAUUAAAAAUAUCUGGGUUUUAAGCUCA